UUUGGUGUGUUAUGUCACAAUCCUCGGGAAUGUCUGCCAGACGACGAUCUAUUUCAUCUUCACAGCAGGAGGGGCUGAAAGGACCACAAGUAGUUCUUGAGAACACAUAUCAGUUAGCACCAAAAGAUAGCCAGAAAUUCCCCACCAAAAAAGCGGAGGAUAUCAUGAAGAAUGUGUUCCUCACUCAUUUGUUAGAUUCCAAGUUCAGCAGCGACACUUGUAAAAAUCUAACCACUCAGAUAACUGAGACGGUUAAAACACAGGUGAAAGCGGAACUAGGAAGUAACAAUAGAUUUAAAGUGGUUGUGUUGGUAAUGAUCGGAGCUAAUUUCGGCCAGGGUGCUCGAGUAGCCAGUCGGUGCCUCUGGUAUCCUCAAUAUGACAGGUUCGCGCAGUACGAAUACCACAACGAAUCUCUAUUUGCGGUUGGCAUUGUAUAUGGUGUUUACUACGAAUGAGCAAAACAUAUCCCCCCUAACUGGAUCUGAAAUUACCAUCGCUCAGAAACUAUUUGACUUACUGAGACUGGUUAGACGAUCAAAUCAGAUGGAUCAGAAGUAAACCUUCGAGAAAUCGAUAGAAACAAAUUGUUUUUGUAAAUAUUUUUGUUAAUAUUUGAAUGUGGAAUGUGGAUGCUAUAAUUAACUUAUAAAUCGGGCUUUAACAAGAAUGUCCUUAUAUAUUUUUGCAAUUGCAAGCACCGCUGAACAUUUGAUGAAUUUAAACUUUUAAAGUUUUAUUUUGAAUGAUUUAGGCAUUAUUAAUGCCACCAAAGACAUGAAGACGAUGUGACUCAUUUUGGAAAUGUGUAUAUCUUGUGAAUGUUGCGUUCGCAAGAAAUCAGCACCAUGA